CGCGGCGUCAAUUUUCAUGACUGUCUUAGACCGAGGACAUGAGGACACAAGCGCGCCACCCCUGAACCAUGCCGCCAAAACCAAUUUCCAAAGAGACAACCCCCAUUCCUGGGAAGCCUACGCAUGAAGUGACCGAAUUUUGAAUAUUCGUCUGCCGUUCAAGAGCUAUUAACUUUCCCGCAAUCUCGACACCUUGGGGCUACCAGGCUAUGUAACAGCCCAUCCCUCCCUACCAAUGUUCAGGUUUUUCAAAAGCGACUUCUACAACUUUGAGGCAACCCGGAUCCUCAGCAGCGCAAGCGCCGAGGGUUGCGAGAUCGCCGAAUUUAUCGAGGCCGUCUCCAAGAUCCGAGAGCACGACCCAGAGAGCUGGUACGAUGCGUGGCACGAGCAAUCGCAGAGAGCCGAGGCGAUAUCCCGGGACGCGAUCCGCGCGGGUCACGUCGACGCAGCGAGGAAGGCGUUGCUGAGGGCGUCCAACUAUGCCAGGGCGUCGGGCUACAUGCUCCCGUGGGCGGGGCAGGACGAGCGCGUGCUCCAGACGGCCGAGCGGUCCAUCUCGCUGUUCCGAGCGGCCAUCCCUUACAUGGAUUGCCGCGUCAUGGUGCUCGAGAUUCCGUACCAGGACGGGAUCCUGAUGCCUGCCUACCUAUACCUGCCCUCCGCCGCAGGCCGGCAGGUCGGGGGAGGAGGAGGAGGCCCCGGGACGGAGGACAGGCCGGUGCCGGUCAUCGUCGUCCCCGGGGGCGCCGAUGCGACGCAGGAAGAGCUCUACUUUGUCUUUGUGUCCACCGGGGUCAGCCUCGGGUACGCGGUCGUGACCUUCGACGGGCCCGGGCAGGGCCUGGUGUUGAAGAAGCACAGAGUGGUCAUGCGGCCGGACUUCGAGGUCGUCACCGGCACGGUCUUGGAUCACGUUCAGCACAUGGCCGCCGCCAACCCGGACCUGGGCCUCGACAUGGACCGCGUCGGCAUCCUGGGCGCCUCCAUGGGCGCGUACUACGCCCUCCGCUCAUCCGUCGACCCCCGGGUCAGGGCGUGCGUCUCGAUCGACCCCUUCUACGGGCUCUGGCGGCUCGCCGGGACCCGCAUGCCCUCCUGGUAUGCCGGCCUGUGGACGUCGGGCUGGCUGCCCGACAGCGUCCUGAACGCCUCCAUCUACCUCCAGAUGCGCCUGCACUUCCCGACCCGGUGGGAGUUCCAGCUCGGCAUGGCCAUGAUGGGGACCGCCACGCCCGCCGGCACGCUGCGGCGCUUCCGGGACUUCGACCUCGACGUCGCCCCCGACGGCAAGGGACCCAUCGUCGACCGGAUCCGCUGCCCGGUCCUGCUGACGGGCGCGUCCAGGUCCGUCUACGCCUCGGCGGGCGAGAGCACGAUAGCCAUCUACAACGCCCUCUCCGGCGUGUCCGAGAGCCAAAAAGAGGUCUGGAUCCCGGAGGAGAUCGGCAACGGGGGGAUGACGGCCAAGGUGGGAGCUUGGGGGUUGCUCUCCCACAAGACCUUCCGCUUUUUUGACAGGUGGUUGCGCGUCAGUCGUGACAAGACCGAAGGCAAUGGCCAUGUAUGUAUAUAAGUCUUUCAUAAGACUAAUUAUCAGAUAGAUGGCAGGGCUGUAAUUAAUUACUCUACUAACUCCUCUGGAGACAAUUCCCUUAUUGGGGUUGCAGGCAAUCAGGGGCGGGAGUCCCUCCGGAGAAGAGCCCAUGGCCACCUAGGUAAUUUGCUAUCAGAAGCUUUGCUUUUUGUUCGAUUUUCAUUUUCUUUUUUCUUUUCUUUUCGUCGAGUGGGAGAAAGCUCGUCAGGCCGUAAUCACGCCGCUAAUUACCUGCUGUCCAACUCGAAGGCGGCAGCCACUCGGACACGGGCAAGCCGGCUAAGCGCCCUCCAACCCCUCAGUGUAACUUACCGCCGUGCUCACCCCGGUCUCAU